UUGUAGGAGGGGGGAGACAGUCCUGGCUAGGCUACUCUCUUUACAUUAAAAAGCAUUCUCCUCCGUCGCCCUUAACUUAGAUGUUGGAACUGGAGAGAGGCGUAUAGAAAACCUGAAAUAGAUAACUGAAAAACUGACGGCCCACAAAAAAGAGAGAAAUGCAAAAGAGGCUCUUCGAAAUUCUUUAAGGAGGAGUGGGAAAUCUAGCAGUAAACAUCAUGAGAAACUGACGUCAUCAGUGCUUCUGAGAAAGAGAAAACCUAACCGAAAACGAAAGAGAAAUCUGCUGAGAUUUCCAAACAUUAACUCGCGUAAUCAGAGACUGUAAAGCGCUUGUUUUGCUAGAGAGUCACGACUUCAAGGACUCCAAAGCCAUCGUCGGGAUCAGCUCGGCAGGCAAGUAAAUAUUCAUUACUUCCCACUGCACUUAAAAUAAUAAUUUUAAAAGUGCCGGGGACUUUUAAAAAGAAACAUGACUGGGGGAGAAUAAUUGUCUCGUUAGGAGUACACUUUUUGCUCGCACUUUCUAGUCCUGGCAACGUGACAAGAUUGUCUGUUCAAUCGCGUUAAUGAUGACCCUCCCCCGCCUAACUGUCUGUGUCGGAGUUUAGGACAACUCUUGAGAGAGAAGAGGGAUAUUUGUGGUUCGUUGUGUUUUGUUUGCUCGGCUUGGGUGGGCCCGAGGAGCAGGCUAGGGGGAAAAACAAGAGACAGCCGAAAUCGACACGAAAGCUCCAUUUAAAGAAGAUAAGAAAAGUACUCCAGUAAUGUAUCAAAAUUACUUUCUCGCUCUCCGCCAUAAGUCUUCGGAAACAGGCUUUGCCAGUCUGUCGGAGUGAUGAUGGCCCUGACCUAGGUGUCAGAGCAGUUACGUGUCCAUCCUUUCAUGUGUUGAAUGAGACUCUGUGCUAAAGACGUUGUAUGAAUAGAGGCCCUGGGACACACUAUGAGAAGAUUGCUGUGGGCUGCUUAGAAGAACUUGUUGCUUCUGUAGGAGGUAUUCAGAAGGAAAAUGCAGCUCAAGUUCCAAAGAGCCAUCGCUAAGUCCAGCACGGAGCUGUGGUGGCAAAGGUUCCGCCCAUGCUGCUGGUACCUGAGUCAUCUCUCCCUUGUUUUUGGUUAUAUCAUGUUUCUGUUUUAUGCACUCGUCUGGGAAUCUGGGAAUCUUGUCGACCUUCCCACCAAAAAAAUUGGCUUCUACAACUUCUGCCUUUGGAACAAGGAAGCAGGAAAACUGCAUUGCUUCUUGAUCGGAGACUUGGAGAAGAUGGGUGUUAGCAAGCUGGCACUGGUGUUGUCAAGGGUCUGUGUAUACACCACGCCAGUCUUAUGCCUCUUUGGCUCCACUACAGUCUCGCAGGCUCUUUGGUUUAAAGACAAAGGUGGAUGGAAACUGGCCCGUAUUCUGUUGGCUGUUUGUGUUCUGAUCCUGUUUUUUGGCCUUGCUCUGUUUAUCUUCCAGACUCAGAAGUGGGUUCAGGUCUCCGAUCUCAGUGUGGCUUUUGUGGCUCUAGCUGGGGCUCAUAUUUUAAUGCUGUUCCACUUGAUCAUUAUCGUCCUGUACCUUGCACAGUUUGAACACACUCUUGCCCCCAAGGGCUUGCUUCCUGAAAAGGGCAUCCCAUGAGUAAGCACAAGCUUAAAUAUGUUUUUGGGGCAAUAAUUUUAAAAGUGCCUUCUGAGCAAUGCCUGUUGCACAAGUACCUGUAUUCCACCAAGUCAGACCCAACAUUGCGUUGGUCUGUGAUAGGAUGGAGCAGAAGCCAAUACAUACACUUCUCAGAAGGAAAUAGCAGCCUACAAAGGCUGUCACUUUCAACAUUACUCUCUGAAGUAUUACCUCAGCCUUAUUCCCCCUGGGAGGACACGAUAUCUAGCAAGUAACCAAAAACACAAGGCUAGGGUGGGGUACGACAUUCACUCCUAGUUAAUUUAAUGCUCCGCUUGAUAUACCAAAUAUCAUGGUGGGAUGGAGGAUACUGUAUUGCACUGUGCAUGCUUUCUUUCCAAGCUCUGAACUGAGUGUAGAGAUUGCAGUCAUGUAAAACGAGCGUGCUGGGAGGGAGAUGUAUUUCUAAAGCACAAAUGUUUCUGUUCGCUGCCUGGUUUUGAGUGCUGGAGCAAGCAAUAAGUAAAGGAAGAGAGCUGGUCUUGUGGUAGCAAACAUGAACUGUCCUCUUUGCUAAGCAGGGUCCACCCUGGUUUGCAUUUGAAUGGGAGACUGCUUGUGAGCACUGUAAGCUAUUCCCCUUGGGAUGGGGCCACUUUGGGAAGAGCAUCUGCAUGCUUGCAUGCAGAAGGUUCAAAGUUCCCCCACUGGCUUCCCCAGAGAGGACUGGGAGAGACUCCUGCCUGUAACCUUGGAGAAGCCACUACCAGUCUCUGUAAACAAUACUGAUAGUCUGACUCAGUAUAUGGCAGUUUCCUAUGUUCCUAAUAGCAUAGUGUGUUUAAGGCGGCAACAGCACUUAACAGCUUUGGCAUUUCUGGCAGUAUUCUCAAGCUCUUAUAUCUAAACCUGCAAUUCCUGCAGUGUUUAAAGACCGAGAUGGAUGGAAACUGGCCUGUGUUCUGUUGGCUGUUUGUGUUUUGAUCCUGUCUUUUGGCCCUGCUCUUUUGGCCUUGUUUUCUCUUCCAGACUCAGAAGUGGGUUCAGGUCUCUGAACUCAGAACUAUUGGACAGUAAUCAAUAGGAAGUGAGCUUUUACUACAGGAUAUUAACAACUAUUGACUUGGUUUACUAGCCAGACAAACGUAUGCCUCUGUUACACUCCACCCCAGGGCUGCUGUCGAUUCCUAAGAGCCCCAGUGCGGCUUUGAACGAGUAAUUGUGCAAGCAUUGAAGGUGGUUUCAUGUACCAUGCUGAUUUCUAGCCAUUAAUGUUCAAGUAGAAAAGACUUUUUCUUGCCUCUGAACUACAGUAUAAAAACAAUCUUGAUGUUUUGAAAGCUAAAUGAGUAGCUAGCUCAUUUAUGACUGACUUUCUGUCACCCACAUUUUUGUAAUUCAAACAAAAGCCAUUCAAAUUAAUGUCUUAACUCACUUCUAGAUGUGUUGUAUUUUGUAAAAGUGGGGUGGGGGAUCAUAUGCAUGUGUUCUUUUGUAUAUAGCAAUUCCAAAGCACUUUGUAUGCUCUGAAAUGCCUCUCACAUACUUGUUUAUGCCCCAUUUUUCAGCCAAGAGUGGUUUAGUUGAGUUUACAAUUUAAAUAGCAGUGGGGCAGAGUUUACCAAUAUGGCUUGCCAACCACCACCCCGAUACUCCGUCCAGCCUCAUACAUGCAUGGUGGGUGGGCAGUUCAGACACACAAAAGGACACUGGGUGGCGAAGAGCUAAAUCGGGUCCACCCUGGUUGCAUAUGAAAGGGAGCCUUGAAGCGUGAGCACUGCAAGAUAUUCCCCUCAGGGGAUGGAGCCACUCUGGGAAGAGCAGAAGGUUCCAAGUUUCCUUCCUGGCUUCUCCAAGAUAGGGCUGAGAGAGAGUCCUGCCUGCAACCUUGGAGAAGUCUCUGCCAGUCUGUGAAGACAAUACUGAGCUAGACCGACCAAUGGUCUGACUCAGUUAUGGCAGCUUCCUAUGUUCCUAUGUACACCCUAAGCCACUCAAGCCAGCAGUUUCCAUUCCAGUGAUGUGAAUGGCAGCAUCUUCUGGGUCCUGGCAGGUGAUGACACCGUCCAUGUUCUUCCCACCACAGGGAGAAGGCAGAAACUGCAGAUGGACUUGAGAGAUGGCAGCUUGCCUAAGGCUAUCAAGCAAGAUGUCAAUCCAGAGAUGUCCCAGUUACUGUGCUACACCACCUCUUAUUCCUAGCCUUGAGCAGCACCAAUUGGGGUGUUUAAAACAGUUUCUUUAUAUGGCACUCAGUUUAGAAGAGGUGGUGUGCCAAUCUGAUGAAAACUGAUACAAGAGCAAAGCCCCACAACAUGAGUUCCCAGGCCUCCUAAGUCUUCUGGCAGUGACAGCUUUGUCCAUUGCAUCAAUAUGAUGGAGAAGCUGUCCCAAGAAAAUACUUCUCUGAGAGUCCAGGCCUGUAUCAAGUUUGGCAACAUUAUAUGUAGUGUAAAGAACAGGUACAAUGUGCAUCCUCAGAAACAGAGUACAUUAACACUUUGCUAAUGCUAGUGGUCUAUGCAGACAGACAAACUUGUUCACAUAUUCUCUCCAAAGUUCUAGCUUUGUACAGAAAAUGUAAUGAGAAUCUUUAAAAAAUCCACACAAUGGGAGGCAAGAGAUAGACCAGUGGCUGAUAGACUGUGCAACUUUACACAUGUAGUAGAUGGUUCAGAAGCUUCAGCUGGUCCAGAAUGCUGCUGAAAGGAUGUUGGUGAGCACAAGUUGCUUCAUAAGUAUUACAUCCAUCCUGCAGCAGUUUUACUGGUUACCAGCUUGCUUCUGGGCUAGAUUCAAAGUGCUGUUUCUGACCUUUAAAGCCCCACACAGCUUGGGGCCACUGAAGGCCCAUCUUUUUAGAUGCAUUUUAAAAUUCACCUGCAGUUUAUCUGGUGGGUUUUUAACGUGUCAUUUUUAAAUUUGAUUUUAACAGGUCCCUGUUUUUAGAACUGUUUUAAUUUCAAUAAUUUUCAUUUUGUGAGCCACCCCAAGCAGUAUUAUACUUGGGACGGGGGUGGGGAUAAAUAUUUUAAGUAGUGGGAUGUAACAUUUGCAGUUACAUAAGAGCACUUGCAGAAGCAUAAAAAUUAUACAAGUUGAGUCAUGCAACCUUCUAACAUUUCCUGAUGAACUUAAGAGCUGCUCCAUCCCCGAUCGCUCAUAGGAAACAACUCAAGGUGUACCUGUCCAGCCAGACUUAUAGUUGAAUUUUGUCUUAAAUGAUUUUUAAAAUGAAUUCUGUAUAUGUUUUGAUCUUGGUUUUAACAUUUGUGGCUGUUUUUCACUUGUUUGUUAGCCAUCUUGAUACAUUUGUAUACAGCCUACUAUAAAAGUAUUUAAUAAAUAAAAGAUGGCUGCACUGUCA